CUUAACUUGUGGUGAACGAUGAAGAAAACACGUUGUUGUGAGUUUGGAGACGAUGCUAACGUUAGCACACUGCUAACACGUUCCCAUUGACCACAAUACCGCUGGUGUGUGGACGGUGCUGCGUUCGAGUCCCGUCGUCACUCUGUGAUGAUGAUGAUGAUGAUGAUGCUGAUGAUGAUGCUGAGGAGGAGGAGGGUCUGGAGCUGACUGAGCGGAGACCGAGGAUGAGCGCCGCCGCCAGCUGGUAAACAAAUACAUGUUGUGUGUCGGAGGAGACAUGAGACAUAACAGCGACAUUAGGGGGUGAAGACAGGCAGGGAAAGUGAGGGCAGGUGGGGCAGAGAUGGGAGACGACGGCGCACUGCUCAAAAUUCAUCCGCUUGAGCGAAGGAGGAGGAGGGCAGCGGUCCGGGCAGAAUAUCCUCCGAGAGGAACCGUUGUUCGGUAAAACACGCAGCUGUAAACACCGCCUCACUGCGCCGCAUCCCACUCCCCAAACCAGCGGCUUGUACCGUCUCAUCGCUUUAAACAGACAUGUCCUUCACGAUGGAGGAUCACUUGGAGUCGGGCUGGGUAGCCGUCCGCCCCAACGCGUUUGAGGAGAAGGAGAAGCACAAAUUCGUCUUCAUCGUGGCCUGGAACGAAGUGGAGGGUAAAUUUGCGGUUACGUGUCACAACAGAACGGUGCAGAGGAGAAGCUUCGGCAGGGACCCGCUGCUGCUGGUGGAGGCGACUGGUCAAGAUGGAGACAAAACAAAAUGGCCCGAAAGUCCUGUCAGGGAUAAAGUGUCCAGCAGGAGCCCGGCGGGUAGAGGAGCCGGAGGGGCUGCGGUAAAAGCCAAGUCUUCGAUGGCGACUAAAGCAAGUCCUGUCAAAAUCCAGACUGUGGUCAAAUCUGCAGCAUCUCCCGUCGGCCCCGAUCCUGGGUCCCCCUCUCUGGACGGCCUGGACCUGGAGGAGCUGGACGCUCUGAGCCGGGAGGACUGCAGCUGGGCCGGGCUCUUCUCCUUCCAGGACCUCCGGGCCGUCCACCAGCAGCUGUGCUCGGUCAACUCGGACCUGGAGCCCUGCCUGCCGGUGUUUCCCGAGGAGCCGGUCGGGAUGUGGACGGUGCUCUUCGGCCCAGCGGAGGUAUCCGAGACCGAAAUGGAUGAGCUGUGCUACAGGCUGCAGGUGUACCUGGGCUACGCGCUCGACACGUGUGGGUGGAGGAUCCUCUCGCAGGUUCUGUUCACGGAAAACGACGACCCAGACGAGUACUACGAGAGCCUGAGCGAGCUGCGGCAGUCCGGGUACGAGGAGGCGCUCAGCCGUGCAACAAAACAUCUGCAGGAGCUGCUGGAGAAGCACAGGACCAUGGACAGCAUGGUGGAGCUGUUGGAGCUCUAUGAGAAAGAAGACCUGGCCUAUGGAGGUCUACUGGAUGCCUCCACACAGCUGUACCAGUAUCUGCUGCAGCCUUUCAGAGACAUGAGGGAACUGGCGAUGCUACGCAGACAGCAGAUCAAGAUCUCCAUCGACAAUGACUACUUGGGCCUAAGGAGGAUAGAAGCGCUAAAGAAGGAGGACUGUGACUGGCAGAAGAAAGCUCAGGAGGCAGUGCUUAACAUCCAGGAGUUUACAGUCAAGUACUUUGAGAUCACUGCCAGAGCCCAGAAAGGGGUGUUCGAGCGUAUGAAAGUGGACCAGCGUAAAUUUGGCAAAUCCUCGUGGACGGCAGCGGUGGAGCGCAUGGAGAGACUGCGCUACUCUGUCGCCAAGGAAACCCUGCAGCUCCAGAGAGCCAGGGAGAUCAGCCUGGAGCAGAGGAAACACACCCUGCGAGAUGAGAUGCAGAGUCUGUGCAGCAGUGAGGAUGCAAUUGUCCUCUUAGACCACAUGGAGACACAGUACUAUGAGCUCCAGCUGCAACUGUAUGACAUCCAGGCAGAUAUACUACAGUGUGAAGAGCUGCUGCUCACCGCACAGCUCGACAGCAUUCGCAGACAAAUGACAGGGCUAACGGGGGUCAUAAGUCUCAGGCAGGGGCAGAAAGAGCGUCAGGAUGAAGUGGUGUACUAUGACACCUUUGAAUGUGCUGAUGAAAUUACAGAGGAUGAUAAUGCAGAGAAGGAAGAGCUGCGCAGACUCCAGGUCAGCACUCGACAGCUGGAGGCCAGAAGGGGGCGCAUCACUGCCAAGCGCUCCUAUCUGAAGAACAAGAGGGAGAUCUGUGUAUCCAGCCACACUCAGAAACAGCAGAAUCAUCAAACUGUCCACAAAGACUCUAUAGCUCACAAGGUCUUACAGCUGAAAAAGGAAGAAGAGGAAGAUGAGGAGAGGAAGAAUAGUAGAGUAAGUCAGGAGAGGCAGAGAACUCUGGACAGACUACGCACUUUCAAACAGCGGUACCCAGGUCAGGUGAUUCUGAAGUCCACUCGACUACGUGUGGCCCACACCAGAAGAAGAGAGCGAGGAAGUAACGUGGAGCUGAGCAGCGUGAGGGAGGAGUGCGUCCAGCCGCAGGGCCAGCCGCUGUGUCUCAGCACCAGUGUGCAGACGGACCCCAGCUCCGCGCUCACCACUCAGCCCGUCACAGCCCUCACGGCGUCCCUCCCUCCGCUGCCUGUGCCCGUUCCUGCAGAGUCCUCCUGCUCCCCCUGCUCGCUGUCCUCCCUGCUGGCCUCCCCUAUCUCCCCUCCACCUCCACCGCCCCCUCCACCUCCCCCGCCAACAAUAGAGGAGCAUUCGCCUUCAGAGAGCCCAGGCUGGCACGGGCCAAAGGCUGAGGGGAAGAGUGCAAAAGAGGAGCUUUCUCUCUCCCCGCUCGGCCCGUUCAUCCCUCGCUUCUUUGACAGCAGCCAACUGUUGAAUGCCCGUAAAAAGCUGAGGAAAACUCCAGAGUUUGACGCCAACAGAAGAGUUAGCUCACCCAUGGACGAGGUGCUGGCCUCCCUGAAGAGAGGAAGCUUCCACCUGAGGAAGGCUGACCAGCGAUCUCUGCCCCCCUCCAAGGAUGACGACGAUACAAACAGCAUCCUGGCUCAGAUUCGCAAGGGGGUCAAACUGAGACGUGUCCCCCAUAAAGAGAGAAAGGACAAGGGAGAGCUCCCGGCCUCCACCGACCCCCUGACCAGGAGCAUUCAUGAGGCGCUGCGCCGCAUCAAGGAGGCCUCACCGGAUUCUGACUCGGAUGAUGAUGGGCUCGCCUGCCCUGACUGGGAAAGCUAGAGAGCUCACACACACAAAUGCCUGCACCCUCUGGCACUGCAUGAACUGUACUGUACUGCAUUGUAGAGAGCUGCGCUGUACUGCAAACACACACACACACACACACAUAUACAAUCACUCACUCACUCACUCACACAGCCCAGUCGCACAUGUACAGUUCCCUGUGACUAUGCCAGGACCUGAGUCAAACUGAAUACCACUAAAUGCUCCAAAGGACGAUGGUCGACCUGUUAGUUUUUCACACUGCCUUCACCUCCAUGAAGGACAUGAUCUGUGUGUUUUUUCCACUGUAUGUCAUUCCUGUAAUCAGACUGUAACAAUGCCAUGUUUUAUUUUUUACUUUUGUCCUAUGUUCUGUUGUUAAGCUCUGUACUGACCCUAUGUAGCCACAUUAACAUUCAGAAACAGCACAUUACACAUUUUACAUCGACACACUGUACUGACAGUUAUUUGUAAUACUGAAAACCUCAUAUCUUAUCUUUUCCAGUUGCCCCGAAGCAUCAGAAAUGAGAAACUGUAACUAAAAAUGAUAUGUGGGUAUGUUUGCUGAUUUUAGGUCAUGAGGGAAAACCUAAAAGAAGAUUACACAGAAAUUUAAACUGGUAUCAGGAUUUACUGCCCAGAUUGAAAACCAUGGCACCAUCAGGCAUCACUUCUGCCCUGUUUUUGCUCAUCCAGUGUAUUAUGACUGAUCACACUGGGCUACACAGCUGGUUUUUCCCUGUCACAUGAGAGUGUGGUGGUGUCAGUCAGUGUAAAGACCCCUGCUUGUCUAAUCUGACACUGUGCAAAUACUGUAAAUCCUUUAGUCUGUCACACCAGAUUCGUGACCAUCCCCCACCCUUGGCUUCUUCCGGCCUCCGCCACCCCCAACCCUCUCUGGGUGAGGGAGUAUGUAUCGAUCCAUCUGUUUGACCCACUGUGUAUGGCCAGGCUGGUGGAAUAUGGACAUAUGCAGAGUCACUUAUUUGUUUGUCACAUCCGACAACAUCUCUGACCUGCAGCGAGUCCCCUAGAGCAGGAGAGCUGAAAGAGAGUUUCUUUACCGGAGUGGAGGUCACGGUUAAUGUCGGUAAUUGUGUGGGCAGACUUGGUCGGUGGUUCCCAAAACGUAUGUGGGACAGUCAUGGCUGAGCUGUGAGAGCGGUCACGCUGGUUUGAAUGAUGGAUGGCAUGUGGGAGGCUGGAUUGUCUCGGAGCUGCAGGGAGCCACCGUGGGCUGUGGAGCAGGCGGUCGUGAUUGAUGCGGUCUCUCCUGCCGUCUUAUUUACUUUCUCUCCUCUUCUCUAUUGCAUCUAUCCUAAUUUCUUCCUCUGCACUCGGUGGGCAGAGCCGCACAGUGGGAGGUCUGUUACUCACAGUGCUGGAGGUGAAAACACGCUCACGCACACACGCAUUGGAUUCGUGCACUAAACUCACAGCCAACGUGAGCAAAAACAUUCUAGUGAGUGUGCAGCCUUUACUGAUAUUUUUUAAAUGGUUUGAUAUGUGAUACACAUUCUGAAUCACUUUAUCUGUACAGAAACAACAUUUUUUGUUGUUUGUUUUCAAACACUGGCGAAACAUUAUCUCUGUAGUAGUUGAGGAAGCUUAAAAGUACUGAACAUGCAGAUUUAGACCUAAAAAAGUGGCAUUGAAGGGACAGUAUGAGCGGACCAGUGAGAUGCUUAGCAGCAAAGGAAAGUGUCACACGCAUACUUUAACAUGAAGCAAAAACAUGUGUCAUAAACUAAGCUCUGAGUCGGAGCAGCCUCAGCGUGCACAUUCUUUAACAGCUUGGAUGCAAAGAUUUGCGUCUUUUUUUCCUCUCGUGCUCGUGUUGAGAUUAAUCAUGAGGUCGAUGAUGUAAAACAGAAAAGUUAUGAAGGAAUCUGUGACAUUACACAGACGGAAAAUAUCUCAGUGCUAAAGGGGGGUUAUUAUUUUCCCCGGCAGAGCAAAUCCGAGACACUUUUACAUGUCUUCUGUCACUGUCAUCAUAAAUGUUCUUCCAUGGUAACCUCAUCAUGUACUGUAGCAUGAGACAGAGAUCUAACCCUGAACUUAAACUUAACCCAGAACACACCUGGCUUGAUGUCACUAGAACAGUUUCCCAAAAGAUGUUGCUGCUCAAAACAUUGGCCAACAAUGUGCUGAAAACUUUAGGGAAACUGAGUUGAGGAAGUGACACCUCCGCCAUGACUAUCACCUGGGUCACCUUAUAAACACACUGUCUUCUGUUUUAAACUGACCUUUAGCUGUUAAUAACCUUCACAGAGCUUGUUUGUCGGCUAACUGUAAUUUUUCAUCGCUUUUUUUUUUUAUUUUGCUUUAUUCCAAAGUAUUUCCAGCCAAAUUUGUUUGCUUCUAUACAUUUCCUAUGUAGUCCUGUUAUCCACAGGCUCUAUAUAUAUAUACAAUUUAUGACCCUCUGUGUGUAUAAGCAGUCACUUGACAAGUGCAAUAUCAGUAUAAGGAAAUGCACAAAAAAGGGAUGAAACAACUUAAUGGGGGAUAAUGUGUUCAGAUUACUUAUUGCAGGUUGCAGUUGUUUUUACACAGAUACUGUUCAUUAAAGAAACCCUUCUGCCUUUAGUCCUACCACCUUCAUUUAUUCAGUUCUUUUUUUACAACCUCACCCCUGCAUUUGAAUAAAACCUUGUGAAGAUUGUCUCUA